AUGACUGACCGGUUCUCGGAGGAGACAGUUCGACUCGGUUCUAGAACCUCGAUCCGGCUCUUGUCUUGUCUAUAUAAUAUAUAUAAUAUACUCGCACAACUAAUAGAUAGACGAUUGUAUUUUCGGGAUUGGCAAAAUGUCUGCUUACGAGAUAACGUGGUGAUUGGGAAGCUGAAGCUGAAAGGCAAAGCCUUGAACGUGAAAGGUGGGAUCAAAAAGAAGAAGAAGGUUUUAGAAACGAGGUCAGAUGACACCGGCGGAUCGGAGAGCCGAUAUCUCGAGCAGGCAGAGAGGCUUCAAGCUCAAAGGCUUGCCCAAAUGGCCAAGAAAUCGCAUCGUGAUCGGGUUCAGGAAUUCAAUCAGUAUCUGGCUAACCUAUCUGAGCAUUACGACAUCCCCAAAGUAGGCCCUGGUUAACAUCCCUUCUGCAUUUUCAGUUCGGCUGAAAAUAUUGUAUUCUGAUUAUCAGAAUUGGAAGUGAAAAUUGCUUUGUCAAGAGAUCUGUAUGAGAAGUAAGGAUUUGUUUAGGAUGCUCACUUGGUCAUGUUGAUUACAACAUGACAUCUCUCUUGAGGAAAGAUCAUGAUUCGCAAUGCUUAAAUUGAAGAAAACAAACUACAAAACUAGAUUGCGCAAGACUAUUAGUAACAUAAGGUCCUACA